CUGCUUCACGAGUAAAGCCUCGCCUGCGAACGACGGUGAAAGAACACGACGAGGCUCUGGAUAAUUGUGAGUUUCGUAUCGCUGCCUGGAGAGAUCCCUCGAUCGGUCAGUUCUGUUUGCGGAGAAAUGAGUAAGAAAAAGAACCCUAAUGUCUUCUUGGAUGUGUCUAUUGGUGGGGAUCCUGUCGAAAGAAUUGUCAUUCAGCUUUUUGCUGAUGUUGUUCCGAAGACAGCAGAAAACUUCCGAGCUCUCUGCACAGGUGAGAAGGGUAUUGGAGAGACUACUGGGAAGCCUCUGCAUUUUAAAGGAUCAUUUUUCCAUCGUAUAAUUAAAGGAUUCAUGGCUCAAGGUGGUGACUUUUCAAAUGGAAAUGGCACAGGUGGAGAGAGCAUUUAUGGUGGGAAGUUUUCAGAUGAGAAUUUUAAGCUGGAGCAUGAUGGAGCUGGGGUCCUUUCUAUGGCAAAUUGUGGCCCAAACACUAAUGGUUCUCAAUUCUUUAUAAUCUUUAAACGCCAGCCACAUCUUAAUGGGAAGCAUGUUGUGUUUGGGAAAAUUGUGAAGGGAAUGGAAGUUGUCAAGAAAAUGGAGCUUGUGGGGACGAGCGAUGGGAAACCAUCCCGACCAGCAAAAAUCAUAGACUGUGGUGAAGUGUCUGUGGGAAAAGCUCAGGACAUUGCUGGAAAAGAGAAGGGGAAAUCAAAGAAAUCAAGUAAGGGCCUUUCUUCUGAGGAUAGUUCUGAUGGUGAAGCUAGGGGAAGACACAGAAAAACUUCUAGAGACAUAAGGAAGAAGAGAAAAAGAAGAUACUCGUCUUCUGAUUCGUAUAGCUCGAGUUCUGUUUCAGAUUCCCUGUCUUCAGAUUCUGAUUCUUUAUCGGAUUCAGAUUCUGAAUCUCAGACAGACUCAUCAUCCUAUGAUUCAAGCUCUUCUAGUGAUGAAAAUCGUAAGAAGAGGAGGUCAACAAAAAAACACAAAGUUCGAGGUGGAGAGAAAAAGAGAAAAGGCCGAAGGGAAAUAAAAAAAGCUCGGCGAGAUAGACGAUCACGACACAAUUCCAAACUAAGCAUGGACAGUUCAAGAGAUACAGAAGGGAGCAGGAGUAGCAGUUCUGAUGUUGGGGGAGUGGGCCGGGAUAAAGCCAGAAAGUCAAGGAACACUGAAGGGAAAGACACUACCGAUUCUCGACUAAAGAAGAACAAGCUCCGUGGGGAACCGGAAUCAUCCCUGAAGAAAGAUAGAGUUGAAGAUAAAGAAAAGACCAGCAACCCUGAAAUCACUGAUCGACACUCCGAUUCAGAAGACUCAAUUAAAUCAAGGAGCAAUAGUCUGAGUCCUAGGAGAAUCUCGAACAACAAUGGCAGCAGGAAGAGCCCGAGUAGGACACCCGAGAAAGACCUUGGCAAUGGAAACAGAAGUCUUCAAGAGGAGCCAGCGGAGAAAACUGUGGGGAAAUCUUCCUUAAGCCCAUCUCCAGGUGGAGUGUCAAAGCGUAUCAGAAAGGGGCGUGGCUUCACAGAACGCUACUCCUUUGCUCGGAAGUACCGAACCCCUUCUCCUGAGCGUCCGCCUCCUAGAUAUUGGCGUGACAGAAGGAGCUUUCAGGCCAGGAACCAGGAUAGGUAUCAAAGCUACAGGAGUUACUCUCAACGCUCGCCUCCGCGAGAACGUUUCAGAAGCCCACCUAGAAGGAGGAGCCCUCCAAGGUACAGCAGGAGGAGAAGCAGGAGCAUUUCCCGCAGUCCAGGUGGGAUCCGCAGCAGGUUCAGAGAUUGCAGCCAGAGCCGUAGUCCAAGGCGUCAUAGUCCUAGUCGUAGCCCUAGAGAGAAAAGGACUAUAAGUGAAGGUCUAAAAUCUCGCCUCGGGCCCCGGGUGAAUGAUGGAAGAUCCCAGAUCAAAGGAAGGUCAGUAUCGAGGUCCGUGUCGAGGUCUCCUAUGACUGCUAAACGCAUCCGAGACAGGAAAGCAUCUGAAUCUCCCAGCCGUUCUUCCUCAAGCCCUCCGUCUGGGCAGAGAGGGCUGGUUAACUAUGCAGAUUGAUCAUUUUAGCUGUGUCCGAGGGUUUCAUAUUCAUAUGUUGCAGGAUUUGAUCGGACUCAUCUUCAGAAUUUCGGACUUGUUUGAAACUAGCGGCAUGCUACUUUUGUCAGAUUUACUGUUAGAAUUUAUCCUGCGACUGGGAGUUGGGGAAUGUUUUUUUUUUUACUGCACAAUGUAUCAGAUUGUCGGGAUUUGUCCUAUUGAUGGAUUUGAUUCGAA